AUGGUAGCUCCAAGCCUCCAAGGUGGCUCUAUGGCUUUGAGGCUCUCCGAAGUGGUGCCCGAGGGUGGUAGCUUUGGUGCUCUGGCUGGUGUCGUGUGCAUCGGCCAGGCGAUCCUGCUGGAGGGCCCCAUGAAGUGUCCACCUGUCCGCUGCUGGGAGCUUUUGGAGAAGUUGCUGGUGCGCUUUCCAGCGGUGCCGCCACCAGCGGGCAAGACCCCAACCAAGUUAGCAGCUGCUGCAGAUGACCGAUCUAUGGAUUUGAUGCCUGGGCUGCAGAACUGGUGGCUUGCAGAUGAGGAGCGCUUGCCGCUGUCGCCGGUCGAACGCUUGGGAUUCUUCGACCAAAGCAUGGCUUUGGCCAAGUGCCUCGCGGUGGCGGAGGCACAGAGUGUGGUGCCCAGAUACCGUGGUCAUCUCCUUCUGUCGCUGCUCCAGUUCUGCUACGAAGCGAUGCAAAGCUUGAAGUGGCCCGCCCUCGGUGGCAAGAAGGCCGGCGACGUUGUGCUCGUCUCCGACGCCUCACCCGUGCGUCCCAGCGGGGCGUUCCCUGCUGCGUUGGGUGCCGGUCCGCCGCUCCUGCAGCGGACCGCCUCAGCGAUGCAGGUGAGUUGGAUGGAGGCGGCACAGAGCCUGAGGCAAGUUGCAGGGCGCCUGGCACUACAUGGGGAUGAGCUUCAGCGCAGUUGCCAGGAGAAUUUGGAGAUGAUUAAGGCGAUGUUGCCCCUGAGCGAUGAGCUCCAAACGGGAAUCUUGAAAGACGUUGAGAUCACACUGAAGGGCUUUACGCCCAAAGUGGAGGCUGGAUCCCACGUCUGUUGUGGGUAUAUUCCGGUGAAGCCCCAGGAAUGGCGUGCCAAUGCUCAAGAGGCCAUGGCAUGGCUUGGGAAGGAGGACGAGCGACAGAAGGAGCGGUGA